AUGUACCUAAACGAUUGUCAAAGAACUGACUUCUACGAGGGUAUUGGUUUAAACACAAAGGAGUUCGACAUGCACGUAAUCAUCGAGACAAACCGAACCACGGCAAGAAUAUUCCCUGCGGUGUUGGAUGUUGAGAACCCUGAGUUCAAGAGGAAACUAGAUAGAAUGGUUGUGAUCAAUGAGAAGCUGAUGGCUGUAGGACAAACAGAUGAUCCUUCCUUUGUCAAGAACCUCAAGAGGAUUCCUCUCAUUGCUGGUUUAGUAUCUGAGAUCUUGGCUGCUUAUCUCAUGCCUCCUGUUGAGUCUGGAUCUGUUGAUUUCGCUGAGUUUGAGCCUAAUCUUGUCUACUAG